UCUGCUUUGCUGUUUAAAGUGUAGGGUUGCUAAAUCAUGGAGACUGCCUGACUACUUGUGUCCAAUAAGACAAAACGACCUUCGGCAGUUUGACAGCGGAGGCUUGCUCCCUUAUCAUCUGACAUCGUAUCAACCUCGUGUGUGGAAGAAGGUGCCGAGGAUCGUUGCAUGGCCGUAACAUGAUAGUGCGCUAGAAGGGAUGAGAGGUAUGAAUGGACCUCCCUCACGCUUUCUACCUUCUCGUCACAGUGCUCUCGAUCUUGCUCGCCCCAAAAUGACGGAAGGCUCAAAGACAAGUGCACUCUCGUGUAUGGUGGGCUUGCCCUGCCGGCCCAGAGUAACGCCAUUUCAAGUCGCGGAGACAGGCAUAUGUAUGCACAUCACCGCGAUGAGCAUCGUCGCCAUCAAUCCAUGCACCAACGUCUAUUGGUCUUCACACUACUUCGAGGUUACUCGACAAGAAAGUUCCACGGCUCGUCUUGACGUGCUUCUGGUGUUCAAAGACAGCAGCGCGUCUGUUUCGUGGGGCGGAUCGGUUCCGGCCGACCAAAAUCGUCAUCAAAAGACUUCCUUAGACGGGUGCAUGUGCGAUAUUAUGGUGAGCACCAUCACCAACAACGUCCCUGAUGCAGGCUCGGAAUACUAUUAGAUAUGGCUCCCACCAUCUCUGUUGUCCUGAACGCUUCCUUCGAGCUCGCUCGACUAAAAGACGCGAAUAAGGGUCGCAUGUGCUUCCCUUCCUGGGAAUCUGGGAGUUCGUGCGUAGAUGCCCUACGGCUGCUUCUGUGCGGCGUAUCUUGCAUCCAUUUCCAUCGCAACUUACGGCUAUGCGAGCUCG